CGGUCCAGCUUACGUUGUCAGCUAGUUAUUUGUUUUCCUGGUUGAUUUGUUGUCAUUGUGCAGCUAUUUGUUUUCCUGGUUGAUUUGUUGUCAUUGUGCAGCUAUUUGUUUUCCUGGUUGAUUUGUUGUCAUUGUGCAGCUAUUUGUUUUCCUGGUUGAUUUGUUGUCAUUGUGAAGCUAUUUGUUUUCCUGGUUGAUUUGUUGUCACUGUGCAGCUAUUUGUUUUCCUGGUUGAUUUGUUGUCAUUGUGCAGCUAUUUGUUUUCCUGGUUGAUUUGUUGUCAUUGUGCAGCUAUUUGUUUUCCUGGUUGAUUUGUUGUCAUUGUGCAGCUAUUUGUUUUCCUGGUUGAUUUGUUGUCAUUGUGCAGCUAUUUGUUUUCCUGGUUGAUUUGUUGUCAUUGUGCAGCUAUUUGUUUUCCUGGUUGAUUUGUUGUCAUUGUGAAGCUAUUUGUUUUCCUGGUUGAUUUGUUGUCAUUGUGCAGCUAUUUGUUUUCCUGGUUGAUUUGUUGUCAUUGUGCAGCUAGUCAGGGGUAGAUACUAACUAGCUUGCUAAUUCCACAAGGUUUUCGUGGCCGAGUCGACAUGUUUUAACUUUGUACGGCGCUUGUUGGGGAAGGAUUCACAGGACGCAUCGAUAAGGACGCAAGACGCAUUGAUAAGGACGCAUCGAUAAGGAAGCAAGAUGCAUCGAUAAGGACGCUCGACGCCAUCCCCCGUCGGACCGACCUGCUGCGUUGUGUAUUCUGGGGUUGUAACUAGUGACCAGCUAGUUAGCUGUUAUAGCUGGUCAGACUGUCGACAGGUGACAUGGCUCACUCUCCGGUUCAGAGUAGCCUGCCAGGGAUGCAGAACCUGAAGGCAGACCCAGAGGAGCUGUUCACUAAGUUGGAGAGGAUCGGUAAAGGCUCGUUUGGUGAGGUGUUUAAAGGAAUAGACAACAGGACUCAGAAGGUGGUGGCCAUUAAGAUCAUUGACCUGGAGGAGGCUGAGGAUGAGAUGGAGGAUAUUCAGCAGGAGAUCACUGUGUUGAGUCAGUGUGACAGCCCCUUCAUCACCAAGUACUAUGGAUCAUACCUGAAGGAGGCCAAGCUGUGGAUCAUUAUGGAGUAUCUAGGGGGAGGCUCGGCAUUAGAUCUGUUGGAGCCGGGGUUGCUGGAUGAGACUCAGAUCGCCACCAUCCUCAGAGAGAUUCUGAAGGGUCUGGAAUACCUCCACUCAGAGAAGAAGAUACACAGAGAUAUCAAAGGUACUAGCUAGCAUGGAUACCAGUAGGGGCUAACCUAGCUAGCAUGGAUACCAGUAGGGGCUAACCUAGCUAGCAUGGAUACCAGUAGGGGCUAACCUAGCUAGCAUGGAUACCAGUAGGGGCUAACCUAGCUAGCAUGGAUACUAGUAGGGGCUAACCUAUGUCACAGGCCGGCUCAUAACCUGUGGCAAUGAGGGGACACGAACAGCAGGUAUAGGCCAAAAAAGGUUAUUUAUUAUAAUACCAGUAGGGGCUAACCUAACUAACAGGGAUACUAGUAGGGACUAACCUAACUAACAGGGAUACUAGUAGGGGCUAGCAGGGAUACUAGUAGGGACUAACCUAACUAACAGGGAUACUAGUAGGGGCUAACAGGGAUACUAGUAGGGGCUAACAGGGAUACUAGUAGGGGCUACUAGUAGGGGCUAACAGGGAUACUAUUAGGGGCUAACAAGGAUACUAUUAGGGGCUAACAGGGAUACUAGUAGGGACUAACAGGGAUACUAGUAGGUACAUAGACAUCAACAGUACUGACAGGGUUAAUGUAGAAGGUACAUAGACAUCAACAGUACUGACAGGGUUAAUGUAGAAGGUACAUAGACAUCAACAGUACUGACAGUGUUAAUGUAGAAGGUACAUAGAUAUCAACAGUACUGACAGGGUUAAUGUAGAAGGUACAGGGACAUCAACAGUACUGACAUGGUUAAUGUAGGGGGCAUUUUCUAUGAAGUUGUCCAGAUUAGAAUGAGUGACAUUAACCCACAACUAGUGACCUCCUCCUCAAGGGGUUUGUCUCUCUUGGUGUAACGUUUAAGGUGUUGGGUUGACAGUCUCUGGACCUGGGUUUGAGUCCUGGUCGGGCCUACCCCUUGGUUCCAUUCUGGGUUUGAGUCCUGGUCGGGCCUACCCCUUG